AUGGCUUCAUCCUCUUCUUGGCUGUCACUUUCACUAGUAAACUCCUACGCAUAUGCUUUCCUUAUACUUGUAACUUCCAGCAAAAAUGCUACUGGAUGCUACACAUCCAUCUUCGGCUUCGGUGAUUCACUCACUGACACCGGAAACCUAGUUAAAAUUGACCCACCUGACGAUCCUCCCCACGAGGCCUUUCCACCCUAUGGAGAAACCUUCUUCCAUGUUCCCACUGGCCGUAGCUCGGAUGGUCGUCUCAUCAUCGAUUUUAUCGCUGAAUAUUAUGGACUUCCACUGGUACCACCAUAUGUUGAAUGGAAGAAUGAAAAAAGAGCAAAUUUUUGGAAGGGUGUGAAUUUUGCAGUUAUAGGAGCUCCAACACUGGAUAUAGCAUUCUAUGAAGAAAGAGGAAUCCACAAUGGUAUCACAAAUGUAUCUCUCAAAGUUCAAUUGGCUUGGUUCAAAGAAACAUUGACAUCUCUCUGCAAUUCAUCCUCAAGUUGCAAUGAAUUCCUUCAGAGCUCUCUAUUUCUAUUGGGACCAUUUGGAGGGAAUGACUAUAGCCGUUCAUUCUACUCAAAUGCCAGCAUAGAUGAGGUUCAAUCAUUUGUGCCUCUUGUAGCUAAAGCCAUCGGUUCAGCCAUCAACGAACUAAUUGAUCUUGGGGCUGUGACACUAGUAGUCCCUGGGAUGAUACCAUUUGGCUGUUUAGCAGCCUAUCUGACAAAAUUCGAAACUUCUGAUAAGACAGAGUAUGACUCAAUGGAUUGCCUUAUUUGGCUCAACAAGUUGACUGAGCAUCACAAUGAACUGCUACAAAGAGAACUAAAUGAGAUUCGAGAGCUUCAUCCUCAUGCCACCAUCAUCUAUGCUGAUUAUUACAAUGCUGUGAUGCCACUUUAUCAUUCCCCACAAAAAUAUGGAUUCACGAGAGGAGCUAUAGUAGCAUGCUGUGGAACGGGAGGCCUUUACAAUUUCAACGAAGAUGUGCUGUGUGGUAAUAGACCAUUUCUUGGUUGUGAUAACCCUUCCUUAUAUGUUGACUGGGAUGGUUAUCACUUAACAGAGGCAGCAUAUAGCUUGAUGUCCAAAAGAUUCACGAGAGGAGCUAUAGUAGCAUGCUGUGGAACGGGAGGCCUUUACAAUUUCAACGAAGAUGUGCUGUGUGGUAAUAGACCAUUUCUUGGUUGUGAUAACCCUUCCUUAUAUGUUGACUGGGAUGGUUAUCACUUAACAGAGGCAGCAUAUAGCUUGAUGUCCAAAAGUUUGUUGGAUGGACCAUACACUAUUCCUCAGAUUAACUCACCAUGUGUUUCUUUAGCUGUGCCUGCAGAUUAUUCCUUCGAUAGGUAG